AUGAACUACUCUACAGUGUUAUUGAUUGGAUUAGUAGUAUCUAUCAAUGGAGCUAUUACUUAUAAGAUUGGUACUGAAUUAUGUACCUGUGAUACAUUUUCAACUAGUUCUGAUUGUGGUUAACUUUCAAAUAGGUGUGAAUGGGUAUCAAAUGCUUGUUAAGAUAUUGAUUGUACAACUAAAACUACAAUUGGUGAUUGUAAUAAAAAUGGAUGUGCUUUCACAACAGCAAGCAAAUGUGAAAAGAAGGCAACUUGUGCUUCUUAUAAAUACGAUGCUACAACUAGUUGUAAUAACAUCGGAUGUGAUGCAGGUGCCAAAGGAACAGAUAAUUUAUAUCCUUGCAAAGAUUGGGCAACUUCUGCUACAUCUUAUACAAAAGAUUGUGCAACAUACACAGCUGAAGCAGAAUGUGCACUUGCUGCUUGCAAGUGGAAUACAAAAUGUGUUCCAAAAACUUGUGCUGAUUAAAAUUAAGCUACAUGCACAAAUAUUAGAGGAGAAGUUUAUACAGAUAGAACUCUAUGUACUUGGGAUGCUACUAAAUCUGCAUGUGCAGAUGCUACAACUGGAUUGACUUAGUCCUAAUGUAUAUCAUACACUGGUGGAACUUACUCUUGGAACUCUGAAAGUUCCUUAUGCGAAGAAUGUUCAUCAAGCUAUGGAAAUUUGGUAAUUGCAUCAAUGGUAUUGAUAAACCUGUUUUUAUGA